AGAUCAUAAUUUCCAUAAACAAGAAUAAGAUUAAGUUUAAGAAUUUGUUGGAAUAGGCAAUAUAAAUUGAUAUUACCUACUUAUUAUUUUAAAUCUUGUAUCAUCACAUUUACAUUAUCUUUUUUAGAGAUAAGAUUAGCCAUAAGUCGUCAAAAGUGUUCAUGUGUUUAUGUAUCUUAAAAUGCAACUCUUCAGAAAUAAAAGGAUAAUAAUAUUUAUUUGUGGAAUAUUCUUCACUCUUUUUUACUGUGAGUUUCUUAUUUAUUAUGUGGUCAUAUCACAGUGUGAUUGGCUUCCUGUAAAAGGAUCAAAAGUAGAUGCUGGAACUCUGAAAGCCCUUAUUAUAUCUGAUACACACAUAAUGGGUCAUCGUAAAAGUUUUUGGAUAGAUAAAUUAAGAAGGGAAUGGCAAAUGUAUCAGUCAUUUAGGGCUGUAGUGACAUUACACAAGCCAGAAGUAGUAUUUGUUUUAGGAGACCUUUUCGAUGAAGGAGAAUUUAGCACCAAUGAAGAAUUUACUAAAUUUGUAAAACGUUUUCAUGAAACAUUUCCUUUGCCAGAGAAUGUACCUAUGUACAUAACUGUUGGUAAUCACGAUAUCGGAUUCCAUAAUAAUAUCAAAACCGGAUCUGCGGAAAGAUUUGCAGAGCAGCUUAGAUCUCCAUCUGUUCAGCUACUUACUAUAAAAGACAAUAACUUUGUAUUGAUCAACUCGAUGGCACUCGAGGGUGAUUCCUGUCGCAUGUGUCGCGAGGCUAGGAGCAAGAUAAACAAUGUUUCAGCUAUACUAAAAUGUUCUGCCGAUGAGAGCUGUGAUAUGAAUAACUACGAUAUUUCUAUAAAUCACAGUCGACCUAUACUUCUUCAGCAUUUUCCUUUGUAUAGAUUAUCGGACGCCGUGUGCUCUGAGCCCGAUGCACCCCCCUUGUCUGAAAAAUAUAUACCAUUCAGACUGAAAAUUGAUGCACUGUCUAAAGAAGCAACUGACGAUUUAAUUUCAAAGUUAAAACCCCGUGCAGUAUUCGGAGGCCAUACUCACUAUGGAUGUCUCUUGCACCACUCAUAUAAUUAUGACAAUGAGAAUGUAGAAUUUUUCGAGUACUCUGUGCCUUCUUUUUCCAUGAGAAAUAUAUUUGAACCGAAAUUUAUGCUGGUUACCACAACACCAGAUGCAUAUGCUGCAAACAAGUGCAGUCUGCCAAGAGAAACUACGAUUAUAAUAACGACAGUUAUUCUACUCCUUGCUACGGUAUGGUUCACAUGCAGAAGGAGAACUUUCGGAAGAGGAUUAUAUCAAUUAAGAAAAUACAGCAUUGUAAAGUAAUCUCAAGAUUAUAUUCCAUAAUAAUAAAUAUUUUUGACAAGAUCGA